CUUCUCCUGAGGGACGCCGCCUGCUCCCCGGGUGGGUCUCGGAGGAGCUCUCGGGGCCCUCUCGCCCUGCGGGAGCCACGUCUGGAGCUCCGAGCUGAGGCGAAAAGCGCCGAGCGUGAAGGCGGGCGGGGAAGUCUGCCCUGUGGUGGGGCCUGGGGCUUGAGCGAGUUAAAGGGAAGAAAACGUCUGCGAGACAGAGCUCGGCAAGACGAGGAGGAUGGGGAGGGAGAAGAUGAUGCUGAAGUCCAGCAAGAAUGCCUGAAGAAAUUUUCAACCCCAGACUAUAUAAUGGAGCCAUCUAUAUUUAACACGUUAAAGAGAUAUUUCCAAGCAGGAGGUUCUCCAGAGAAUGUUAUCCAGCUCCUCUCUGAAAACUACACUGCAGUGGCACAGACUGUAAAUUUGCUGGCAGAGUGGCUCAUUCAAACAGGUGUUGAGCCAGUGCAAGUUCAGGAGACUGUAGAAAACCAUUUAAAGAGCUUACUUAUCAAGCAUUUUGACCCUCGGAAAGCAGAUUCCAUCUUUACAGAGGAAGGAGAGACUCCAGCCUGGCUUGAGCAAAUGAUAGCACAUACUACGUGGAGAGAUCUCUUUUACAAGUUGGCAGAAGCCCAUCCUGACUGUUUAAUGCUUAAUUUUACUGUGAAGCUUAUAUCUGAUGCUGGAUAUCAAGGGGAAAUAACUAGUGUUUCAACAGCAUGUCAGCAACUGGAAGUAUUUUCCAGAGUCCUGCGUACAUCUCUGGCAACAAUUUUAGAUGGAGGAGAAGAAAACCUUGAAAAAAACCUCCCUGAGUUUGCUAAGAUGGUGUGCCAUGGAGAACACACAUACCUUUUUGCUCAAUCUAUGAUGUCCAUAUUAGCUCAAGAAGAGCAAGGAGGAUCAGCUGUCAGACGAAUCGCUCAGGAGGUUCAGCGAUAUGCUCAUGAGAAAGGCCAUGAUGCGAGUCAGAUCACUUUAGCAUUGGGUACUGCAGCCUCCUAUCCUCGGGCGUGUCAGGCUCUUGGUGCGAUGUUGUCCAAAGGAGCUCUGAAUCCAGCAGAUAUCACUGUCCUGUUCAAAAUGUUUACAAGCAUGGACCCACCUCCAGUAGAACUGAUUCGAGUACCUGCCUUUCUGGACCUCUUCAUGCAGUCAUUGUUCAAGCCAGGUGCUAAGAUUAACCAGGACCACAAACAUAAAUAUAUUCACAUACUGGCAUAUGCAGCUAGUGUAGUAGAGAUGUGGAAAAAGAACAAGAGAGUCAGCAUAAACAAGGAUGAACUCAAGUCAACUUCAAAAGCCAUUGAAACUGUUCACAAUCUGUGUUGCAAUGAGAAUAAAGGAGCAUCAGAGUUGGUUGCAGAACUGAGCACUCUCUAUCAGUGCAUCAGAUUCCCAGUGGUGGCAAUGGGUGUAUUAAAGUGGGUGGAUUGGACGGUGUCAGAACCACGAUACUUCCAGCUGCAGACUGAUCACACUCCGGUUCAUCUGGCAUUAUUGGAUGAGAUCAGUACAUGCCAUCAGCUGCUUCAUCCCCAGGUUCUACAACUUCUUGUCAAGCUCUUUGAAACAGAACAUUCGCAGCUUGAUGUAAUGGAGCAGCUGGAACUGAAGAAGACUCUCUUGGAUAGAAUGGUGCACUUACUCAGUCGAGGAUAUGUCCUACCUGUUGUCAGCUAUAUCCGCAAAUGCCUGGAGAAGCUAGAUACAGAUAUCUCUCUCAUCAGAUACUUUGUUACAGAGGUGCUGGAUGUGAUUGCUCCUCCAUAUACCUCAGACUUUGUACAGCUUUUUCUUCCAAUCUUGGAGAAUGAAAGUAUUGCAGGUACUAUUAAAACAGAAGGUGAACAUGAUCCUGUCACUGAGUUUAUAGCUCAUUGCAAAUCUAACUUUAUUAUGAUGAACUAAGCAGUGGAAAAUACCAAGAAUGCAGAGUACAUGAUCACUACUUUGCCAUACUCUCCACCAGUAAGGUUCUAUAACUGGGCAACAGCAGC